AUGGUUAAAAAGGUAUCAAAACGAAGUAGAGCAGCCAGAAGAGGGGAAAUACCCGAUGACAUAAACAAUAAAUCAUCUACGACAACCAAAUCAGAAUCAAUCAAUAAUAAUGAUGGAUUAAAAAAAUCAAUAAUAAGAACUCAAAUUAAAAAUGAAAAUUUAUUAAAUAAAAAAAUUGAAUCACUGAAAAUUAAAAAAAAUAAUAAGAAGAAAUCAUCAACUAUAAAGACAAAAUUAGAAAGAAAUAACAAAUUAGCAGGAAUAUUAGAAAAUAAAAUUGAUUCAAGUAUUGCAAGAGCUUCAUAUAUUCAAAAAGCAAGAAAAUCAAAUUGGGAUAAAACUAAUUCAAAUAUUGAAAUUAAAAAUCACUUGAGUGAUGAUUUUAAAAUUGAACAACCUGAAAAGGAAUUAACUGAAGAAGAAAUUUUAAAAUUGAAAGAAGAUGAAUUAGUACGAGAUUUUUAUAAAGAUGAAGAAAUUAAUGAUGAAAAUGAGGAGAAAGAUGAGAAUGAUGAUGAUAAACCUGAUUUGUCAAAUAAUAAAUUUGCAUUAUUGGAAGAAGUAGAAGCUUGA